CGCUGUGAUCCCGGCGGCGUUCCACGGCAGAGUAGUUGACCUUAAGGACAUCUUCAGGCCUAGAGUUGUUAAGCGUUUAGGCGAGAUCGUGACUCGAAAAAUCCUCGUGGUUGAAGUUGUCCUCUAUCCAUUGCUAACCUUUACCGCAGUCCUUUGAACAGACAUCCCCAUGGAUUUGAAGACAGCUGUCUUCAAUGCCGCCCGCGAUGGCAAGCUGCGACUCCUAUCCAAAUUGCUGGGAAGCAGGUCGAAAAACGAAGUGAUGUCACUGAUCUCAGAGAAGACAAGUGGAGCUACCCCACUUCUGAUUGCCGCCCGCUACGGCCACUUGGACAUGGUGGAGUACCUACUGGAACAGUGCAGUGCCACUAUUGAGACGGGCGGCUCGGUCAACUUUGACGGCGAGACUAUUGAAGGGGCCCCGCCGCUGUGGGCCGCUUCGGCCGCCGGACAUAUAAAAGUGGUCCGCGCCUUACUGGACCAUGGUGCGUCGGUCAACAACACAACCCUAACCAAUUCGACCCCGCUGCGAGCGGCCUGCUUCGAUGGUCACCUAGACAUUGUGCGCUAUUUGGUGGAACACCAAGCUGACUUGGAAGUGUCCAAUCGUCACGGGCACACCUGCCUAAUGAUCUCUUGCUACAAGGGGCACAAGGAGAUCGCCCAGUAUCUCCUGGAAAAGGGAGCAGAUGUAAACAGGAAAAGUGUUAAAGGAAACACUGCAUUGCAUGAUUGUGCAGAAUCUGGCAGCUUAGACAUCAUGAAAAUGCUUCUAAAGUACAGCGCCAAGAUGGAGAAGGAUGGCUUUGGAAUGACUCCCCUUCUCUCAGCCAGCGUGACUGGCCACACCAACAUUGUGGAUUUUCUGACACAGCAUAACCUGACCAGCAAGACAGAGUGCAUUAAUGCUCUAGAGUUGUUGGGAGCUACAUUUGUAGACAAAAAAAGAGAUCUUCUUGGGGCCUUGAAAUGCUGGAAAAGAGCUAUGGACCUGAGGUACAGUGAUAAGACUAAUAUCAUCCUCAAGCCCUUACCCCAGUCUUUAAUAAUGGCUUAUGAUUAUACCAAGGAGGUGACUAGUUCAGAAGAGCUGGAAAAUCUUAUUGCAGACCCUGAUGAAAUGAGAAUGCAGGCCUUGUUGAUUAGAGAACGAAUACUUGGUCCUUCUCACCCAGAUACCUCCUACUAUAUUAGGUAUAGAGGUGCAGUCUAUGCUGAUACUGGAAAUUUUAAGCGAUGCAUCAGUCUUUGGAAAUAUGCCUUGGAUAUGCAGCAGAAGAAUUUGGAUCCUCUAAGCCCAGUGACAGCCAGCAGUUUACUGUCUUUUGCCGAACUGUUUUCUUUCAUGCUACAGGAUCGGACCAAGGGUUUACUGGGGACUGUUGUUACAUUUGAUGAUCUAAUGGGUAUAUUGUGCAAAAGUGUCCUUGAAAUAGAUCGAGCUGUAAAGCAGAGUCAAUAUCCUGAUCAAAUUCAGUUGAACAAAGCACUUUCCAUCAUUUUGCACUUAGUUUGCUUGAUGGAAAAUGUUCCUUGUACUCUAGAACAGGACCAUUUUAAAAAACAAACAAUUUACAGAUUUCUAAAGUGGCAUCCUAAAGGAAAGAAUAAUUUCAGUCCUCUCCACCUGGCUGUGGACAAGAAUACUACAUGUGUGGGUAGAUACCCUGUUUGUAAAUUUCCAUCUCUUCAAGUUACUGCAAUACUGGUAGAAUGUGGAGCUGAUGUGAAUGUCAGAGACUGUGAUGACAAUAGUCCCCUGCACAUUGCUGCAUUGAACAACCAUUCUGAUAUCAUGAAUCUUCUCAUUGAAUCAGGUUCACAUUUUGAUGCCACUAACUUGCACAAGCAAACUGCUAGUGAUUUGCUGGAUGGCAAGGCUCUGGCAAAAAAAUUAAUCCAGCCCGUAAAUCAUACCACACUGCAGUGUCUUGCUGCUCGUGUCAUAGUGAAUUAUAGUAUAUAUUAUAAAGGACAUAUUCCCCAAAAACUGGAGAAUUUUGUUUUGCUUCAUAGGUGAUGCUUUGGCUGGGUUCUUAACACUUUUUAAGACUGAAUUACUGUCAGUUGACUUGUUUUGAACAUAGAUGGCAUAAAACUAACUGGCUUUCACCUAGCUUCAUAAUUGUGCUCUCUUGACUAAACCACUGCAAUAUCAUAUGUGCAGGAUUGGUUGCCUAGAAUUUACAUGAUUAUGUUAUGUGUUAUUUUGUGGGUUAUCUAGAAAUAUUAAUACCAUAUUCAAAACUUUAAAAUUACCCACCAAAAUCUUGUUUUUGCAGGAUUUUGUUUUCCUAUUGGGAAUCACCUGGAGGAAUUCUAUAGGUAGACUGUGAAUUUCAUAAAAUCAAAUAUAAUUUUUCCUCUGUCUUUCUUUUCUUCUUCAUUCCAAACCCAUUCCAUAUUAAUGCAUGACUAUUUGUAUUUCUGCAUAUGUGUACAGUGUAUUGACCACAAUAAGGUUGUACUAAAUGAAGUUUUUGAACUUCCA